UAACCAUAAUUAAAACAAUUAACACAAGUGACCCGUUAUAGUGAAUUAAAUGUUACGCAAAAUAACUCACGUAUUGUUUGAUUUGGACGGAACUCUCAUCAAUACACCCGAACUAGUGAUCAAUCUCUUCAGAGAUUAUGCCAAAAGUCACGGAAAAAUACUAUCCAAAGAGAUUGAAAUGGAGGUACCAAAUUUCAACAAUAUGCAAGUGGGUUUUAACAAAUUUAUGGAUUCACUGAACUUGGUGGAUGUCCAAGUUGAUCGGCCACAACUCAUGCAAGACAUGGUAAAACAAAUGUUAGCCAAACGUUACGAUCUGAUACCGGGUGCGGAGCGGUUGGUGAAACACUUACACCGACACGGCAUACAUAUGGCGAUCGCCACCACAAACAGCACCCGAUUUUUAACAGCAGUGCGACAAAAGUUGGAUCCAUUCCUCAACGACGACCACUAUUUCAGUCACGCCAUAACCGCCGACAAUACGGGUGCUGUACUCCGCAAACCCGACCCUCAGGUCUAUCACGAGUGCGUCAAACGAUUUAAAGAAGCGCCCGAUUCGUGUCAUAACGUACUGGUGGUCGAGGACUCGAUG